AGUGAGAAGCUUUUACUGCUCGCCAUCGCUGUCGUCACCUUAAAGCUUCCAGGCAGACUACUGCGACCCGACGUCGCGGAAGGGAAGGAAGGAAGGAAUCGGGGAGGUUCUGAUCUCUUCCGGAGGAGGAAGAGGAAGAGGAAGUGGAGAAGUGGGGCUGGUGGUGAUGGUGUCGGGGUUGUGAGUGUGGGGUCGACGCAAAGGGAGGGAGAGAGAGAGGGCGAGAGAGGGAGGCAACGUGUGAGGUUGCAGCACAGCAGGGUGUAGUUGUUGAUGGCAGGCGGUGAGUUAGGGCUGGAGAGGGGAAGGGGAAUUGUGGGUGGUCGUAGGGAUUGAUUUCUUUAUCAGCAUGUGACAAGAGACUCUGCGUGCGCUCCGGCGUUGAACACAGGGAGGGAGCCGGAAGUUGGCUUCGUCGCGAUUGAGGAGGGGGGCUGGUGUUGUCGUUGCGAUCGGUCCGCGCUAGGGCGGUGCGUUGUGGGACUGACUUGCUGGUGGCGUGGCUUGGCGUGGAAUUCAGGCGGAAGGGCGAUCUUUCCAUCCAGGAGGGAGCGAUCAGAUGACGUCUUUGGGUAACACAUAUUGGUGUCACCAGUGCAACCGGACCGUGAGGCCAACAAGCAGGGAUGAGUUGAUUUGCCCGUCUUGCAACGACGGUUUUCUGGAGGAGAUCGAACAUGGCGGAGGCGGUGGGAGGAGUCAUUUUAUGGGGUUCGGCGGUGACCAGGCGUUCGGAUUCGGAGGUCGCGAUGUGGAUUCGGGGGAGCGCGCGGAGGGGAUAGGUGGGCCGAUGGGUGGAUUCCGGCGGUACCAUCAGACGGAUCCUCGAGGGACACGGUUUCCUGUGCGGGUUGAGCACCCCGCGGUGCUUCAGGUGCUGGAGGCGAUGUCGGCGGUGCUGCAGCAAAUCCAGCCUCCUCAGGGAGGGCAGGAUUCCAGCGACGUGGACACAAGCGGUUAUGGGACGCACUCAAGGGGGCGGAGUGGAGUUAUGGAGGACGUUCCAGGGGGUUUCAGUCCGUUGGUGAGAUUGCAAGGGCAGAUGCAUAAUUUUCUGGGCGGAGGUGGCAACGUGGAUGUAUUUUUUGACAAUGGGACAGGGAAUCCUCGGAGACUGCCUGGGAAUUUCGGGGACUACUUUCUGGGACCGGGACUGGAUCAGUUGAUACAGCAGCUCGCAGAGAACGACCCCAGUAGGCACGGGGCGCCUCCGGCGUCGAAAAGCGCUGUGGAGGCCAUGCCGACGAUCCAGAUUUCGCAGGAGCAUCUGGGGACAGAUGCCAUGCAGUGCGCUGUGUGCAAGGACGAGUUUGAGCUGGGGGCGUUGGUGCGGCAGAUGCCGUGCAAGCACAUGUAUCAUGCGGAUUGCAUACUGCCGUGGCUGGCGCAGCACAAUUCAUGCCCUGUAUGUCGGUACGAGAUGCCGACGGACGACCAUAGCUACAACCAGAGCCACUCGAAUUCAAUACCGGCUGCGAGCACAGCUGCUAGCACAAAUCCGGAGGGCAACGGAGGGGGCGGGUCUGGCGGGUUCACCUUCUGGGGUGCACCAGCGGCUUUCAGGUUCCCGACUGUGGAGUCGUCGAGCGGCGGCAGCCGAGACGCAGCACCGACAAAUGGAUCCAGUAGCGUCACUCAGGCGAGCAGCGCUCCAGCAGCAACAGCAGCACCGGCGCCAGCUCCUGCGAGUGGUGGAGGUAUCGGGAGGCGAUUCUCCUUCUACCUGCCGUGGUUGCGGUCGUCUCCACACUCAUCUGCCCCAGCGCCUGCACCAGGGUCGUCUGGGGCAGGGGACGAUGGAGCUGGAAAUCAGGGUUCCGGAAGCCGAAGGAGUGGGGGAGACGGACACCCGGAGCCGCACCCGGAGUUGGACUAGGGCACCGCAGUCGACGAGGGAACUUCUGAGAUAAGUGGUGAGCACUUGGGACAGAAGGGUGUUAUUCUUUCACGAAGACUGUGCUGUCUGCAUCAGGAGAUGCCGUGGCAGGUGAGGGUAGUAAUGAUGGUUGCUCCGGCUAGUGAUGUUCUCGGAUCUGAUGGUCGAACUCUUUUAUCCAGCUAUGUUAAGACGGGAAAUGGAGAUGGAACUGGGUAUUUUUAAUUCUUUUAGGAGCGCGCUGGGUCGCCAGGAUGCAAAUAAUUCUUAAUGUCGUUGUAGUCUCAGGGACAGAGACCUACAGAAAGCUCUUCGUGGCUGGUUGAUGGGCUUGUGUUGAGACUAGAUUACGGCCCUGGUAGUAGGGAAUGGGAUCCCACAAUGAUCGGGAAGCACGUAAGUGUAGUGAGAAUGUAUUGAUAGUCAAGGUGGCGCACACAGAUCUUCGUUUGUUGAGGGAAUGUACUCUAGUCUUUUCUAUUCUUCUGUCUUGUUUUAUUUCGUUC